UGUUGGUGCUGUGUGAGUGCGUGUGUGCUCCUGAGCCCGCUCACACAUUCUAUAAAAAAAAAAAAUACAAAAAAAACCUCAAAACAUAAAAAAAACAAAAAAUCCCUCUUUUUUUUUUCCUUCUUCUUCUUUUUGUAACAACGGUGAAGCUGGAGUAACGUUAGACAUUCGCGGACUGGACGGUAACGUAUAAGAACGGGCUGCCUAACAAAUCCAACGGCAUUUUAUUUUUUCAGUCGACGUGUUACUGGUUCAGAACCGAAACUAAGUAACGUUAAUUUGCUUUUAUCAGUGUGUCACAUUUAAAUGACAGUUUUAACCCCAUUAGAAGUCGACAUUUUGUAAUUUUAACAUAUUUAUCUCAUACAUUUUUUACUCAAAACCCUUGAACUGACAAGCCAACGGUUGUUAACGUUAACCAUCAGCAUUCUGCCCCCGAACUGACGUGACGCUCGUGACCGUGAGAUAACCAUUCGUACUGUAGCCGGAAAAACUUUUUUUUCCCCGUCAAGAAAAUCCGGCUUCGCCCGAGGUGCUUUACUAGCCUCGAUAAUGAAUCCCAGUGCUCCCAGUUACCCCAUGGCUUCCCUGUACGUCGGGGAUCUGCAUCAAGAUGUGACCGAGGCCAUGCUGUACGAGAAAUUCAGCCCAGCCGGAGCUAUCCUAUCGAUCCGGGUCUGUAGGGACAUGAUUACCCGGCGUUCCCUCGGAUACGCUUAUGUCAACUUCCAACAGCCAGCGGACGCCGAGCGUGCACUGGACACCAUGAACUUUGAUGUGAUCAAGGGGCGGCCUGUGCGCAUCAUGUGGUCGCAGCGGGAUCCAUCACUGAGAAAGAGCGGCGUGGGAAACAUCUUCAUUAAGAAUCUUGACAAGUCCAUCGACAACAAGGCUCUGUACGACACCUUCUCUGCGUUUGGAAACAUCCUGUCGUGCAAGGUGGUUUGUGACGAGAAUGGCUCUAAAGGCUACGGCUUUGUGCAUUUUGAGACUCAGGAGGCAGCUGAACGAGCCAUUGAGAAAAUGAAUGGCAUGCUGCUCAAUGACCGCAAAGUCUUCGUGGGUCGCUUCAAAUCUCGCAAAGAGCGCGAGGCGGAGCUGGGUGCCCGAGCCAAAGAGUUCACAAAUGUCUACGUCAAAAACUUCGGUGAAGACAUAGAUGAAGAGAAGCUGAGGGACGUCUUCAGUAAAUAUGGAAACGCGAUGAGUAUCCGCGUCAUGUCGGAUGACGGCGGAAAGUCUCGAGGCUUCGGGUUCGUCAGCUUUGAAAGGCACGAGGAUGCCCAGAAGGCAGUGGAUGAGCUGAACGGGAAGGAGUUCAACGGCAAGCUCAUCUACGUUGGCCGCGCCCAGAAGAAGGUGGAGCGACAGACUGAGCUCAAGCGCAAAUUUGAGCAAAUGAAACAAGACCGCAUGACUCGCUACCAGGGUGUCAACUUGUACGUGAAGAACCUUGAUGACGGGAUUGACGAUGAACGUCUGCGAAAGGAGUUCACACCAUUCGGCACCAUAACCAGCGCCAAGGUCAUGAUGGAGGGGGGGCGCAGUAAAGGUUUCGGCUUUGUCUGCUUCUCGUCCCCGGAGGAGGCCACGAAAGCGGUGACGGAAAUGAACGGACGCAUCGUAGCGACCAAGCCGCUGUACGUGGCCCUGGCCCAGCGGAAGGAGGAGCGCCAGGCCCACCUGACCAACCAGUACAUGCAGCGCAUGGCUAGUGUGCGUGCGGUGCCCAACCCGGUCAUCAAUCCCUACCAGCCGGCCCCGCCCUCUGGCUACUUCAUGGCAGCCAUACCUCAGGCCCAGAACCGUGCCGCUUACUACCAAGCUGCUGGGCAGAUGGCCCAGCUCCGCCCGAGCCCACGCUGGGCCACCCAAGGUGUCAGGCCACAACACUUCCAGAACAUGCCGGGUGCUAUGCGUCCCUCAGCACCGCGCCCUCAGACCUUCGGCACCAUGCGGCCGACCUCCCAGGUGCCCCGCAUGAUGUCCACCCAGCGUGUCGCUCAGACCAUGGGCCCCCGACCGGCUGUCGCAGCUGCAGCAGCAGGCGUUCCUGUGCGCGGAGUCCCUCAGUACAAAUAUGCCGCGGGAGUCCGCAAUCCCCAGCAGCACAUACCUGCUCAGCCACAAGUCCCCAUGCAGCAGCCUGCUGUCCAUGUUCAGGGACAGGAGCCUCUGACGGCCUCCAUGCUGGCAGCUGCUCCACCACAGGAACAGAAGCAGAUGCUGGGUGAACGUCUUUUCCCACUGAUCCAGAACAUGCACCCAAGCCUGACUGGGAAGAUCACUGGCAUGUUGCUGGAAAUUGACAACUCUGAGCUUCUCCACAUGCUGGAGUCCCCAGAGUCUCUCCGCUCAAAGGUGGAUGAGGCAGUGGCUGUGCUUCAAGCCCACCAGGCAAAGGAAGCCGUCCAGAAGACUGUGACGAAUUCAGCUGGUGUCCCGAGUGUCUGAACCCAAGGAGUGGGGAACCUUGAUACUAGCUUCACCGAUGGAUCUUAACAGUGAAAAAAAUCUUAAAAUGCAUAAAACAAAGUAAAAAGAAGUCAAAUGAUAUAUUAAAAAAAUAACUAUGGAAACAAGUCUCCAGCCAGGCCUCUAAUCAACAGAAACACCAGGCCUUGUUGGCUGAGUUAAAAAGAGAAAAUACACAAAAAAGAGAAAAACUUAAAAUAAAAAAUAACCAGUUCAUGAGAGGUUUUAGAGAAGAAUUCCGUGAUAAAAUAUGAUUGAAAGCAUUCCUUUUCUGCCAUUGUUUUCCCUUUUUGAAAUGUUUGAAUGUUUGGGCUGUAGAAGACUGUUUAUUGUGAAAUUUCCCUUCACCUUUGCUUGCUUGAAUAAAACUUAUAAAGUAA